AUGAUAAGUGAUAAAAAAAAGAUAUACAAUGAAGACGGUUUAAGAUAUUUAAAGGUAUAUGCAAAUAUUUUGUUUAAAUAUACAGUGGAAGAAAAGGAAAAAGUGUCUGUGGAGCUAGCUUUAUUGUCAGAAAAAAUAAAAAAUGGAAAAAGAUUAAUUAAAAUAAAUAUUGAUUUAAUUGUAAUAAUUUUUUUUUUUAUUGUUCUUUAUACCUCAAAUAGUAUAGUAAAUACAAAAAAUUUUCAAAACUAUAUAUAUAACAACAUAAACGAAUCGAAGACAUAUUCUGAAUCAUUUUAUAAAUCUUUAAGUGAUGAGAUAAAAAAAAUAAAUAAUGAUUUUUCUUAUGCAACGAGAGAGAAGGAUUAUACACUGUUCAAAAAUAUACACAGUAAAUUUGAACUGUCCUCAUGGGUAAAAAAUACAUUCACUGAAAAAGUGUCUUAUCCAAAUUUUCUGAACAGCAAUAUUUUAUUUGGAAAUUGCUGGAGAAUAACUAUGAGAUUAUAUAAAAAAAAUGGGGAGGAUAUAUUAAGGAAUAUAUAUAAAUAUAAAAAAAUAUAUGAAAUAUAUCCAGACAGUAUAUUUUCAAAUGAUAUAGAAGACGCAAGAAAUGUUAAUUCUCUUUAUUUUGAUAAAAAAUGGAAUUAUUUAUUUUCAUAUGAGAAAUCAUAUAAAAAAAUAGGAGGAUUAUAUCAAAUAAUAUGUGAAAAGGAUUAUGAUAAAAUUCAAGAACAACUUUCUCAAGGUACUAAUAUAUACUCAGCUGAUUUUCCUUACUUUAUACCAGCUAUUAUAUUAACAAAUUAUAAUGUAUCUUCUGUGGCAUUAGACUUUUUAUUAUUUAAUCCUGUAUUAAAUAUGAUCUCAUAUAAUGUUUUAAAAUUUGCCUUUUUGCCUAAUGCGAAAACGUAUAAGGAAAUAGUAACAAUGGCUGCAUCAUAUAAUCAGUUCAGUAUUUAUUUUAUCCUUUCCUUAGCUAUAUUUCUUCUUAUUUUUUUUAUAUAUGUUUUAACAAAUAUCCGAAAACUUGCAAUGGUGGGUUUUAAGCUGUACGUGAAAUCUUACUAUAUCCAGUUUUUCCUCAUCGUUUGUUUCCUUUCAAAUUUGACAUUCUUACUCAUUUAUUGUUUGUGCCAUUCAAUGCUUCCUAAGCUGGCCAGUUACGAAGAGGGAAAACACAAAAUGCAUGCAUUACAUUCUCUAGGGGACGUAAAAGCAGUUGCAGAUUUAUUACAAGAAGUGAAUUUUACUAUUUCCAUUAUCGAAUUAAUAAAAAAUAUUUUGAUUAGUAUAACAAUAGUAACGUUUACAUUGUCGUGUUUCGUCUUCUUAAAGCGUUUUGGACUGUUAAUAAAAAAAUAUAGCAACGUUGAGAAAAAUAUCAAAAAAGAUUUUUUAUAUCCUUUUUUCAUCAUUAUAGCUAUAAUAUUAGGAUGCUUAGCUAUAUUUUCUCUUUUUAGCUAUAAACUUUUUCAUAUUUCAGAAAAUGUGAACUCUAGUAUGCUUUAUGUUUUUAUUUUUAAUGUAUGUAUUAUAUUUGCAAAUUUCCAAGGAUUUAAUAUUUCGUCCAUUGUUAGUGAAGAAACAACAUUAUCCUAUUUUUAUUCGAUUCCUGCUCUUUUUUUUAUUGUCACUGUAAGCUUUUCUUUUAUAUUUUUUCUGGCUAUUAAAUCGUUCAUUAAAAGAAAUCAAAAAAUUUAUGAUGCAUUUAUAUAUCAAUACGGCACUAAAUUAUUAAGACAUAAUAAUAAAUACAAAAAAAAUAAAGGAAAUAAAAUUGAAAGCGGACAGGAUGAUGAUACCAUAUAUGACGAAGGUAAAGUUCGGAAAGGAAAAUCAUUCGUAAGAGAAUGUUCCACAGAAGAAAAAAAAAAAAAAACAAGUAGACUCAAUUCAACGGAAUUAAUUGUACAUUCGCAUGAACAGAUAGACGAACAAUAUGAAAAAGACAGAAGUGAUAAUACGCAAAAAUACACUGGAGAAAUGGUAAGCAAUGGUAGUGGUAGCAGAAGUAGCAGAAGUAGCGGCAGUAACAGCAGUAUAAGUGGUGGUGUGCACUCGUUAUAUAACUCAGAUGAUUUGAACAUUUCGAACGAGUCAAAUGUUUAUGAAGUAGAUCCGGACGAGUUAGACAACAAGGAUUUAUGUUACAAUGAUAUUUUAGAUAUAUGUGAAAAGUCAAAUGGAAAUGAAGAUAUAAGGAAUGUGGAAAAGGAAAAAAAUAAUAAUGAAAAAAAAGAAAAAAAAAAGGCCUUAUUUCGCAUAGAAAAAAUUUUCAAUAAAUUUUUAAACUUGAAUGACUUUUUACCUCUUUCCUUUAAAAAAAAAAAACUUAUUUUAAGAAUAUAUAAUAACCAUAAAAAAAAAAGUGUGGGAAUAAUAUUUUCUAUAUUUGUAUACACAACUUUAUUGAUCUUUAUUAUGUUAUUCCUUAUUAAUGAUUAUAAAAAAAUAAGAGAAAGCGAUAAUUUAUUGAAAUAUCAAUUGGAAAAUAUAGAUUCCUCACCUAGAAGUAGUAUAUAUACGAAAAUGAUAUUUCAUCAUUUAAGAAAAAAUAUAAAUGUUAAUAUUAAAAAAGGAAAUUUUAAUUUUAAUGAAAUAAAGAAUAAAAGUGAUGUUAUUAAAUGGUUAAAUAAUUCUUUUAUUUCGUUUUUGCAAAAUAGUCCAACUGCUGUUGGAAAUGACGUUCAUAAUUAUGAAACGUUUAAGUGGAUGGACAUAUUUAGUAUUCGGGGUGAAGAAAUAAAAGUUAAUAUUACAUUUAGAGAGAAAAUCAAUUCUUCAAAUAAUGCUCUUAUAUGUGAUAGAGCGAGGAAAAAUUGUUAUAUAAAUAUAAAGAACGAAAGAUUAAUAUUACAAAGCAAAUUAGACGAUAUAGCGUUACUAAUUAAUAAUUCAGUUGAAAGAAUUGAAAUUUCUUUUAUUUUAUUCGAUAAGAAUGAUCUUCAUAGUGUCUUAGUUACCAUACAUUUUGUUUUUACGUCAAGUGGAUAUAUAUCGAAAAAUAUAUAUUUUGGUCAUUUAUUUUUUAAGUCUUUUAAUAUUUCUUAUUUUAAAGGUGUAGUAAUUAAUCUACUAUUUAUCACCAUACUGUUCUCUUUAUUUAUAGUCAUAUAUAUAUAUCUUAUUACAAAUUUUAGGGAUUUUUAUAAUAUAUUUCUUUCAGUUUUAAGUAAGAAUUUUGUCCAUUUACCAAUGAACAAAUGGCAAAGUAACAAGUUAAACAGUAACAUGGGUGAACUGCAAAAUUUGGAGAACGUAAAUAAUAUUAACUCUCACAAUUAUGUUAAUAACUACGUGUCUACAAGUAACUACUUAGCUGCAAAUAACUUCGAUAGCACAAAUUACGGUUUUUACGGAAAUUAUGGUAAUAUUCAUAUGAACAACAAAACGGAAAAGUCUUCUCGUAUUAGCUUAUUGUUUAAAAUGAAAAUUUAUCUGACGUAUAUUUGCGAAUACGACAUUUUAAACUUACUCAUUUUUGCUGCACAUUUUAUUAUUGUUGUGUUGUGGUUUGUUGUUUCUAUAUAUAUCAACAUGAUUGAAUUUUAUUCAAAUGAUUUUGGCAGCUAUUUUAAUGUAUACAUAAAUUUAUUUUACCUUUUUUCACAUUUUACAAAUAUUUUUUAUUUGUUCACCUUUUUAAUCACAAUCAACAUGUUUAUUUUUUUGUCUAAAUACAUUAAAAGGGAGAAGCUAUAUGAAGCAUUGUGUUUUAAUAAAAAGCAAAUAAGGAAAUGCUUCUUCAUGUUAUUAUUUAUUUACCUUAAUUUUUUUAUGUUUCAUUAUUUUUUUUAUGGUAUUGAUGGCUUUAACGAUUUGACCAUAUGUCAACAGCUUAUGUAUUCUGUUGUACUUUUAUUAGGUUUAGUUAAUAUGGAAAUAUAUCUAAAAUGCAAUACAUUUUAUUUUUUAUUUCUUGUAUUACCUCAAUUAGUUUUAAUACGUUUUCUUUUUAUAUAUUCUUUUUUCGCCCCCAUUUUAGCUAGCUACCUAAUUUUAAUAAAAAAAAAAAAAAAAAAAAAAAAAAAAAAAAAAAAAAUAGCUAGUAAAAAAAAAGAGGAUUUUUCCUCUUUUACAUUAACGCAUUUAAGCAAUGAGCAGUGGAAGUACUUAAAUGAAGAAAUAAAACAGUUUGCUCAUAAGGAAACUCAUAAUAUAUUGCAGUAUUUUGAAAUAUUUAGAGAUCAGCUAAGAAAUAAGGAAGAUAUAACGCAAAUAUUGAAAAAGGAAAGUGAUAAUUUAAAAGAGAAUGUGCACCUUUUACGGACGGAUUUAAGGAAAAUACAGUUACAAUGGAAAUUUCGAAGUAAGUUGCUAAGUUCAUCAGAGGCUUACAUACAAAAAAUAAAUAGUCAAAUAUGUAUGAACGAAGAAAUAGUUACUGCAAAUAAAAACAGAAUUUCAUCUUUUAAGCAGUACCUACAACAGGUUAAAUCGGACCUUUAA